AGGCCUGGAAUAGUCUAAAUGGUUCGAGAACUAAAAGAACUCGAGGUGGCAACACUCCUGUAGGAGCCACGGCGUGGCGAAGUUUUGCCCUCCCCACGCGUGGAAAACUAUGAGGGGGGGACUAUUGCAUUACGAGGAGUUCCCUUGCAUCUCCAGACAGAAUGCAGGACCUGGACUUCGGUCGCUGGCACUUCGCCGAAGCCCAGGGCAAGCCAUUUAUCCCGCGAGUGAGGAGGAUGCCCGCACAUGGUGUUGCCACAAGCGGCUACCGUUUUUAUAUUUGUAUUUUUCUUUUAAAUAAACUCAUGUAUUUGUAUUUCGGCACAAGUCACUUUUAAACAAUAACAAUAAGAAAGUCAUUGGGUCGAA